UAACGGUCCCGUGGGGGAGGAGGAAGCGGGAGCUUGGCCCUGCUGUGAGACCGGGGAUGUGGGCGGGCCCGGGGCCCGUGGGGACUCCCUUACCUGAGAUGGAGCACUUCAGUACUGGCUCCUUCAUUUUCAAGGCUUAUGCAUGCCUCCGUGUUUAGUUAAACGGAGUUGCCAAAAUGCCAGUAAGACCUGAACUUCAGUUCGAAAAACGCAUAGAUGAUGCUUUAAGAAAAAAUGACUUCAAGCCUUUAGAACAGUUUCUACAGAUGGAAAAUGACAACAAUAUCACACUUAAAUGUAGUAAACAAUUUUUCAGCAAGUUGGACAACCUUAUGUGCAAGGAACUUAACAAGAAAGAUAUCCAGAAUAUUUCAACUAUUUUAAAUGCUCUUGGAAAAUAUGGCAAAAAUAUCAGCAUAUUUGGGGAAGCUGGACUUCUAGUAAUGACAAAACAAGGGCUAAUCAAAAAGAUGGUGGCCUGGUUUGAAAAAAUCAAAGAAAUUAUUUUAAGUCACAAGAAUGAGAAAGAUGAAGCCAUGAUGAAUCUGAUAGAAGAUUUCUUUGAUGUCCUAAUGACUGUUCAUGAUAUCAAUAAUGAAGGUAAAAUGGAAGUACUGGAAGAUUUUAUUUUGAGGAUCUGUGCCCUUGUAGUCGACAUGAGAAUACAUAUCUGUAUUCGGCAGGAGGCCAUAAAAAAGUUGAAUGCUCUGCUUGACAACAUAUCUCGAGAUGCCAGGAAAAUAAUUUCUAAACCAGAAAUGUUGUCUCUCAUGAUUGAUAUGGGGAAACGGAUUUUAGAUGCUGGGGAUUAUGACUUUCAAGUAGGUAUCACAGAAGCUUUAUGUAGAAUGACCUCUGAAAAACAAAGACGGGAACUGGCAUGUCAGUGGUUUUCAAUGGAAUUUGUUGCUAAUGCAUUUAAAGGGAUUAAAGACUCUGAUUUUGAAACAGACUGCAGGAAAUUUCUCAAUCAUGUGAAUGGCAUGCUUGGAGAUAAGAGAUUGGUUUUUACAUUUCCUUGUUUAUCAGUAUUCCUUGAUAAGUGUGAGUUACAGAUACCAUCAGAUGAAAAACUUGAUGAAUUUUGGAUUGACUUUAAUCUUGGCAGCCAAAGUAUAUCCUUCUACAUUGCAGGGGAUGAUGAUGACCAUCAAUGGGAAACAGUCAGUAUACCAAAUGAUGAAGUAGAAGCAUUCAGUGUAGAAGUGAAAGAUGCUAAGAAGCUAUUAACACUAAUUCUGAAAAAUACAAUGAAUGUUGGUAAUAAAGUAGGAGGCCAACUGCUCCUAUAUUUUGAUCCUUCACUAGAAAUCAUUGAUGUGACAAAAAAUAUUUAUGGUGCAAAUAAGCAUAGGGGAUUUACCAGAAAACAAGCAAGUUCAGUUGCUAAAACAGCCGUGCAUAUCAUUUUUGAUGAAAGUGGGUCACAGAUUCUAUUACCAGAAAGUCAAAAUUCACCUGCCACAAAAGAAAAUUUUCUUAGUGUGGAUGAAAAACCUAACAGGAAACAACAGUUUUCUCUAAGUCAAAAAGAUAUGAGUGAAAUUAUUAAUCAACAGGACAGUAGAAAUACUCGUUCUCAGAUGAUAAUGCCUGUCAAAAGGAAAAUGUCCGAAGCAACAAUGGUUAUUCCUGGUACAGACAAAUUGACUGUGAAGACCUUAAUCACCAAUACAUCAACACCUCGAAUAGGAAGAGUUAAACCACCUUUGAAAAUGGUGAACUCUGCUGAACCUCCCAGUGUUUACAAAGUAAAAGAAAGGGGAGCAAAGAAUGCUGUCUCUCUUCCUGGUUCAGUUGAAGGCAGGAAUCCACACAGCUACCAAAGUGAUUUCCCUAAAUCUCAGAUCACAGUUUCUAAAGUCUCAGAAGCGAUAGAAAAUGAUGUGAACAGGAAUGUAUUAGUUAAGCAAAAUACUAAUGGAGAUGUGGAUAUCAUUCCUGAUUCACAACCAGUUGGGAAAAAAGAUAAGCCUUUAUUGCCUGGUGUUUUGGACAACUUUUGUGAAAAUGAUAUCUACUCCAAAUGGACAUGCUGGACACCUAUAACAAAUAUUAAAAUUUGUAGUAAAGAGAGUGCAAGCACAUCACCAGAAGAAACAUUUAAUCAAGAUAUUCUUACUGAAAGGGUCAGUAAAAAAUCCUCUAUUUCAUCAAUAUCUGAUGAUAUUACUCUAGAAAAACCUUUAGUACAAAAUCAGAAAAGAAAAGGAGACAUGGAAAAUAACAGAAAGAAGAAAAAAGUAGAAACUUAUGAAACAAAUAGACAAUCACUAAAUCAUUCUAUUAGUAUAGGUCAGGAAAAUAUUGAAAAAAACAAGGAAAAUGACUGGCAUAUUGAAUCUGAAACCUUUAAAUCAGUUCUUCUGAAUAGAACUAUUGAAAAAUCUCUGAUAUACACCAAAAAAUUGGUUCUGGCAAAAGAUCUAAAUACUGAUUGUUAUGAUAAAACUAUUUCUUCUGGGAUGAAUGCCAAAAGUAAUAGAAGACCUGUGAAAGGAAAGACAUCAGAAAUUAGAUCUUGUGACUUAGAAACAAAUAGAAAGAAAGAAAAGACAAAAGAAAAACAAUUUACUGAUGCAACAGAAUCAUUGAUUAACCAAAUUAACAAGAGAUACAACCAAAAGGAUGAUUUAAAUUCUUCAAGAAAAUUUAGAGAAUCUUUGAAUGACAGGAAGGAUUCCAAUAAAAUUGGUCUGCUUAUCAACAAGGAAAAAUUCCAGAAUAAAAACUCUAGACAACUGAAGAGGACUACUUUUGUUAAUAUGACUUCUGAAUGUGCUUUGAAUGAUGUCUACAAUUUUAACUUGAAUGGAGCUGAUGACCCUACCAUAAGACUUGGUACAGAGGAAUUUCACACUACCAUCCGAGAAACUUCAGUAACUAACUCAAAGAAGUUGUCAGGUUUAAGGAGUCAUGAUGGAAGUGAAGCUUCUCUAAAAGGGAAAGAUAAAAAAAUUAGAACAAAUAAAAAAAAGAAACACCUCUUUAGUGACACAGACACAGAUCAUAGAGGUGAUGACAGCAAGACUGAUAUUAGCUGGCUAAGAGAAUCAAACGAAAAAGCCAAACCUCAUCUGGUAGAUUAUAGCAGAAAUAAAAAAGUGAAAAAACCUAAAAAUGUGAAAUCAAGUAAGAUUAUUAAAUCAGGUCCAUCAGUAGAAGUGAAACUAUCAAAACCCAAAAAGACUCAUAAUACAGAUCCCACCAACAAGGUAGAUGAAAGAAGCACAGAAGCUACAAGACCCCAACGUCCUCGAAGAGCAGGUUUAGUAAAAAAAAAUUAUAAAGAUUUCUCAAAUUCAGAAUCAGAAACAGAACAAGAAUCUUUACCAAGUCCUCCCAGUAAAGAGAAAUCACUAGUUCAGCUUGCAAAUAUGUGUAACAAAAGUAAAACUGGGAAGUACCUGAAAAAAGGACAAAAUGAUAUUCCCAAUGAAGCAGAAGAGGAAAUAUUAAAAGAAGGGAAAAAAUCAUCCAAAGCAAAAGAUUGUAUAAGAGAAAAAAGACUUGACUCAUCUCCAAUUCCCUUACCUGGAAGCCCAGCAUCUAUAGAAGUGAUGAGAUGUUCAGGGAAAACAAUUGAAAGAGAAUUUAUUCAAGAUUAUAUUCCAUCAAUAAAGUCUACAUCUACUUUUUCACAAAGUUCAACACCAGAAAAAGGAGAGUCUUUAAACAGUAUGCAUGGCAUCACAGGCAAUAGUUUCUACACUACAAACAUGAAAAUUCAAAGCAAAUGUCUGGAAGAAUCACCUGAAAAUAUUGAUGAAAACUUGAUGUGUGCAAAAAAACAUUUCUCAAGUCCUUUAUUCUUGCCCAAAAUUACUCCAUUAAUAAUGGACAAAAUUGAUGAUACUGGAAAAGAUGUAGAGAUACCUUCACAAAAUAUACCAGAUUAUGACAAUCCUGUGGAUUUAAGGAGUUGUAAUUCAGAAAAACAAUUUAGUGGAUCUGAACUGAAAAAAAUCCAUGAAAAUUCUAUUCAAAGUAUCCGAAAGGAACCUCUUUCACCAUCACGGUUAUCCAUAACUAGCUCAAAGAGAGAAAAACUGUAUGACGUAGCUCUUGAUACUCUUCAUCGAAAAGGAUCUAGUACACAUACAAAUCUUAAACGGUUAUGUACCUCUGAUAAUCUAAGUAAUUCUGAUGAAGUGGAAGUAGAUGAGGAAGAUGAAGAACGAGGACAGACUCUGCUUCCUCCAAAGUUGUUUAAAACAGAUAGUGACCAUGUUACCUACAAAGUAUCUGGGAGCAUAUCUACAUUGUCCGCCAAUGAAUUUUCUUUUCCUGGAGAGGCUUGGGAGACUGAAAGUUCAGGUGUAGGCAUAAUGUGUCAGAAACUAAGUAAGGAGUUUAAAAGAAAAAUUCAGAACCGCUACAAAAGAAUGGAUCAUUUUAAUAAACAGUCUUUAAAAUCAGCUCAGCAGCAUCUGACAAGCCUGAACUAUCACAUUCAUGAAUACAGAAUGAAACAGCUUGAUAAAUUCCAGUUCAACAUCAUAGAGGAGAUAGAGAACUUCGAAAAAGAUUCCCAGUCUUUAAGGAAUUUGGAGCGAGAAUUUUCGGACUUUUGGAAAAAAACUUCUCAGAAAUUCAGUGCAUACCAGAAAAGUGAACAAAGAAGAGUUCAUCUUCUGAAAACAUCACUUGAAAAAAAUGUCUUUCACAACAUUGACUAUGAAGAAAAUAUUUUUACUUCUGAGAUGUAUUUAAUGAAAGAAGAUAUGAAAAGGCUUCAAGAGAGAUUUCUUAAAGAAAUGCAAGAAGAGGAACUCCUUAAUGUUCGAAGAGGAUUAAUGUCACUCUUAACGUCUGAUGAGAGAAAAUUUUAAUGCAUAAAAUCUAGUAUUUGACAACAUUUUAAAACACCUGCCUUCCCUGUACAUGUUAAAAAUCAACCCUACAAUUAUAAAUGUACCAACAUGUACAGAUCCAUACAGGUGAUGUACACCAUCCAUCCCUUUUCAUACACCACAGAAUUUCUCAUAGAUAUUUCUGCCUAAUGAAUUAAUAAGAGUUAUACAACAGCAUUAUAACUAUUCUAAACUACUUUUUUCUAUUUCUUUCAUUUUAUUUGAUAUGUUCCCACUAUUAUUUGUAGGAGAAAGAAUAUUGGGCAAGUAAAAAUUAUUUUACUCCCUCUAUAUGACUGUACUGAGAAUUUAAAUUAUAUUAAAACCUAAUUUAAAUAAGUUGUAAUUUACUGUAUAUAAAAACUUUAAAUAUUGUAAGUAGAGUCAGAAUUUAAAGAAAAUAUUAAUUAAAUAUAUAUUUAAUAAUAGCAUAACAGGAAAUGCUCCCAAAAAAUUGAUUCAUGCUUUAAAUGAAGAAAAAUACUUUCUGAAUGAAAAUCAGGAAGUACUAUUUACCUAAAUUGAAACAGUAAUUAUCUUAGUCACCUAGAGUUCCUUGCAUAAGGAAAGAAUAUCUAGAAAAACAUUUCCUUUUUCAACAGUUUUUCAAAGAUGUAUUUUCUUAGGAGACAUAGCAUGGAUCUGUCUCUCCAAUUUGUAAAAACACUUAAGUAUACACUGUUUGCUUUAAUUUUGUAACAAAAUAUAUUAAAACUUGAAUUUGAAUUUUUAUGCAUCUUUUAAGGCCUCCUGGAAAGAAAAAUGAAUGGCUUUUACUAGAGGGCCAUUACCUAAGAAUAUUUCUGUCUCCCAUUUGGGAAUUAUUGACUAUUCCUCAAAGCUUUGCCCUCCAAACUUUAUACAGUAAAAAGUGUGUUUUAAAGUAGAAUCAAAUUGGGUUCAGAAUGUGCCUGAAAUGAUUAAGGAAAUUCCCCUAUUCCCCUUUCUCAGAUGCUAGCCUUAAGCCAUGAGACCAAGGGCUGCUCCUCUGGAAAUACUAGUACCCUCUGGGGGAUGGGGGUGGGGAGUCUAAUUUCUUAGUAUAGCUGAAAUAUGUGUUGAGUAGGAGGCCUUAUAUUGAUCCUUAAUCUCCCUCUCUACACCUUCUUUUCACUGCUCUAAGUUCUAAACUCAAUAUGUGCCAGCUCUUCAUAAACUUUAAAAGCUUAAUUUUUGAUCAUAUUAACAUAAUAACUAUAGCAUUUUAAGGUCUGUAAAGUACUUUGCAAAUAUCUCAUUUGAUCUUCAUAACAUCCUUUGUAAGGUAGAUGGUAUUAUCCCUAUUUUGUAGAUGAGAAAUCUGAGUCAAGAUUUGAACUUCAGUCUUACUGACUCCACUCUGGCACUUUAAACAUUAUGCCAUGCUGGCUGUCUUUAAAGUCAACUAUCAUGUCCCUCCAAUUUUUUUCCAGACUUAACCACAAAGUUCCUUUGAAUUAUCUUUUUUUGUUAUGAUUUCAAGUCUUUUGACCAUAUUAGUCAAACUCUUUGGACUUUCUCCAAUUUGUUAAAUGUACUUUAAAAAUACAAUAAAUACUUUGUACUAAAUAUAAUAUUUCAGAUGCAAUUUACAUAUAACAUAAGAUUGAGUUAUUUUACUUUUUGUUUUUUGGUUGUGUUUGGGGAAUGGAAAAAGGGAAGAGAAAGAGAAGAGGAAAGUAGAGAUGUAAACAUGAAUGUUGGUAUUUUUCAUAUCAAUUGAACAAAGGAAGCUUUAACACAGUUAAGUUAUACACCCCUCUCUUUAAAUAUGUUAAACUCAGUAGGGAAAUAACAGGAUAUUAGGUAAGGAGGCACAUUAGAGGAAGUUUAGGUUUGGUAUAAUAUGAAUAAAAUCAAAUGUCAGAGAUAGGUCAUGAGGUGUGAGUUAAAAGGAAAGAAAGUGCAAUAAAGUUAAGCCCAAUAAGAUGCAGUAUUCUUGUAUAUACCUCUGAAGGUUUUUGUGAUGAUUAAAAGGUAAUAUGUAAUAUAUAUUCUUUCUUAUUUGAACUAAUUCAAAUGAGAAUAAGGUCCAACUAUUACCUGUCCUGACCCAACAUUUUCUCCUCUACCAUAAAAGCUCUUCUUUUUAAUGCCUUUUUUAUGUGAAAAAAAUUUCCCAACUCUUCCUCUUCCACUCUUUCUCCCAGUGAAUCUCUUUCCCUUUCUUGUACAUUUUUUUAGAUCAUCCUAAUGUAACUGACUUACUCCUGUGCUCUCUCUUUAGACUACUAACUGCCCAAAUAAUGAUAAAAGUUUUUAGAAGUUACAUGUAUCAUCUUUCUAUAUAGGAAUAUAAAUGGUUUAAC